AUGGUUGGACGUGUUCGGCGUUCUUCGUUGCGACCGGAUGGGAACGCUUAUCAGACGGUGAAGUCUUCUGACUAUCAUCAUCUAAGAUCGAUUCAAGCUAAACGCAGAAACAGUUCGCCGGCUGGUGGAACCGUUGUUGCCGCAAGCGGAACUGGUGCUAAUACGAUUAUUGCUAUCGACGGUAAAAUUGAGCAGGCAAUGGAUUUAGUAAAGACUCAUCUGAUGUUUGCCGUACGUGAGGAAGUUGAUGUUUUAAGAGCAAAAAUCAUGGAAUUGGAAGCUACCAUUUUGCAACUGGAGGCUGAGAAUACAAUCCUUCGUGAGCAUGUGCCGGUGGAAAUUUUGAAUAAAUUAAGUUUGCAAACGACAUCGCCGAAUUCGACUACAACAGCUGCUGCUGUCUAA